UUUGAAUGUGUAUUUUUUACGCGUGCGCACGGUUUUGUUUCCUAAAAUCAAAAUAUCAAAAACAAAAAUUGGCAAUUAUCGCGUUUGCAAGUUAAGUGACAUCAAUCAUGGAAAAAAUCGACAAUUAUAUAAAAGGGACAUGCACAGCAAUGUGCCCCACUGAAGAAAUUAAAAUGCGCGAGCGUGAAAAAAUGCUGCAUGUCCUUGAAAUGGUCCCUGGGACUGAAAAAACGAGACAACCCAAAGCUAGUACAGCACACAUGGUUAAAAGUUUCAGCAGAUCAGCCGCAGGCAAACAAAUCAAGCCUGAAACUUUAAGACCACCUCAAGUUUUGCUAAAAACAGUCAAAUAUCUGCUUUGCGAUGUUAUAAAUACAAAACGACUGCCUUACUGGCAUUCAGUUUACGAUUUUAUAACGGACAGGUUACUGGCAGUGCGGCAAGAUCUAGUCGUCCAAAAUGUCUCAAAAGCCGAAAGUAUAACGAUACUCCAGCCAAUAGUGCGUUUCCACGCGUAUGCCGCCUAUAGACUGUGUGAGGAAGGCAUUGCCAACUUUGACGCCACCCUCAACAACAAGCACCUUCAAGAGUGCUUGAAAAAAUUGUUGUACAUUUACGACAGUUACGAUUUUCUGAAUCUAGAGAUUAAGUCAGUGUGUAAUGACUAUUUCAUAGAAAACAGGCCCGAAUUUGAGGCACUUUACCUCAUAUUUAAUUUAUGGAAUGACGAAGCGCUGACAAGGUCGCUAACAAUCCCAAAAAAAUGCAAAACUAACGUUGUGAAAGACGCAACUAAGCUGUCUUUUUGCUUCAAAUACGGGAAUUUCGUGCGGGCGUGUCGGAUUAUUAAAAAUCUUCCGGCACUUUUAGCCGCAGUUGCGUCUUUACAUUUGGGCGAAAUUCGGAGGAGAGCUUUUAACAUAAUGUCCACUGCGUAUCACAGCAAAAAUCUCGCUUUUCCUUGCGAAGUUGUCCGGGAGGUUUUACUGUAUGGGAGUGUGGGCGAGUUGUUGCAAGAUUGUAAAUAUUACGGUAUCAGGGGCGAUAACGAACAUUUAUAUUUUUCAAAACAAGCGUUUGAUAGUACAAAGGCCAAAGUUGGCAAUCGGCGCGAACUUUUUGUAGAAAACAAGAAAAUGGAAGACAAACUAGAUGUGAUAAUAUUGGGUUUAUGACAAUAAAACGUUCCAAAAAAAUUGCAUUUUAUUGACACUUAAUCAAUGAAUCAACACUGUCAUUUCUCUCGCGUUGACAGGUCCACG